UUACACAGGGAGUGAUAGGUAUACAGCUGGUUGUUACCAUGGUGAUGGCCAGUGUCAUGCAGAAGAUAAUACCUCAUUACUCUCUUGCACGAUGGCUACUCUGUAAUGGCAGCUUGAGGUGGUAUCAACAUCCUACAGAAGAAGAAUUACGAAUUCUUGCAGGGAAGCAGCAAAAAGGGAAAAGCAAAAAAGAUAGGAAAUAUAAUGGUCAUAUUGAAAGUAAGCCACUAACCAUUCCAAAGGAUAUUGACCUUCAUCUAGAAACAAAAUCAGUUACAGAAGUGGAUACUUUAGCAUUACAUUACUUUCCAGAAUACCAGUGGCUGGUGGAUUUCACAGUGGCUGCUACAGUUGUGUAUCUAGUAACUGAAGUCUACUACAGUUUUAUGAAGCCAACUCAGGAAAUGAAUAUCAGCGUAGUUUGGUGUCUGCUCGUUUUAUCUUUUGCAAUCAAAGUUCUAUUUUCGUUAACUACACACUAUUUUAAAGUAGAAGAUGGAGGUGAAAGAUCAGUCUGUGUUACCUUUGGAUUUUUCUUUUUCGUCAAAGCAAUGGCAGUAUUGAUUGUAACAGAGAACUAUCUGGAAUUUGGACUUGAAACAGGGUUUACAAAUUUUUCAGACAGUGCGAUGCAGUUUCUUGAAAAGCAAGGUUUAGAAUCUCAGGGUCCUGUUUCUAAACUUACUUUCAAAUUUUUUCUGGCCAUUUUCUGUUCACUCAUUGGGGCUUUCUUGACAUUUCCUGGAUUACGGCUGGCUCAAAUGCACCUGGAUGCCCUGAAUUUGGCAACAGAAAAAAUUACACAAAUAUUACUGCAUAUCAACUUCUUGGCACCUUUAUUUAUGGUUCUUCUCUGGGUAAAACCAAUCACCAAAGACUACCUUAUGAACCCACCAUUGGGAAAAGAAAGUAUCCCUUUAAUGACAGAAACAACAUUUGAUACUCUACGACUUUGGUUAAUAAUCCUGCUGUGUGCUUUGCGGUUGGCCAUGAUGCGUAGUCACAUGCAAGCUUACUUAAACUUAGCCCAGAAAUGUGUGGAUCAGCUGAAGAAAGAAGCAGGACGAAUAAGUACAGUUGAGCUACAGAAAAUGGUGGCGCGAGUCUUUUAUUAUCUUUGUGUCAUUGCACUGCAGUAUGUGGCUCCUCUGGUAAUGCUGCUUCACACAACUCUGCUUUUGAAAACACUAGGUAAUCAUUCCUGGGGGAUUUAUCCAGAAACUAUUUCUUCUUUGCCAGUCGAUAACAGUCUACUCUCCAAUUCUGUUUAUUCUCAAUUACCAGCUGCUGAUGGGAAGAUGAAGGUAACUGUUACACAAAUAACAGUGGCACUGAGCAGCUUAAAAAACAUUUUCACUCCUCUGCUUUUCCGAGGACUUCUGUCUUUUCUGACCUGGUGGAUUGCUGCUUGCCUCUUUUCUACGAGCCUUUUUGGGCUUUUCUAUCACCAGUAUCUGACUGUGGCAUGAACCUCAGUUAACCACAAAAGAUAUACAAGUCACACUUUAAAUUGAAAUAUUUGUGCCCUUGAAGGGUUGAAGAAAACCGGAUGAAAGCAAACAUAAAGGAAAAAAAAAAAGCAUAUCAGAGUAUCUUCUUGUUUUCAAUGCUUCCUCUGUAUUCUCAGGGUGAAUUAAUGUUAUAAUAUUUAAAAUCACAGAAUAGAUUGUUAACUCUUGUACUGUGGCAUUGGAAUUUUAACUCUUUGUAUUAACUGAUGUGAGAGGGCUAUCUACAAGGGUAAUAAUACUUUGAUUACCUUGGUUUACAGAAACCCCCAGCAGUUUUUGAAACUUCUCAUAUGACUCCAGUUAUUGAUUCAUUGCUCUUAAUGGUUUUAAGGUACUGUUAAUAUUCUAUAGUGGCUGCCUAUAGAACAAUCGUCAACCUGAGCCAUGCUUUUGGGAUAGGGAAGGGAGCGAAAGUCUAUUCUGUUGGUAAUAUUUCUCUUCAGACAACUAAUAAUCCAACAGAAAGGAAGAAAUAGCUAGCUACUGUAUAUUACAGUAUAAAGAAAGCUUCGUAGUUAUUUUAAGUUUAAUGGAGAUGUACUGCUUAAUAACUUUAAGUACUGCUGCUUAAGAGUAGCCAGGAGUAUUGUUUUAAAAUGUGUUCUAUCCAACUUGGAGUUCUUUUAAAAUGUUUGGCCAUAUGAACAUUUGCAAUCCUGAUUUUAGGUUUGUGUCUCCUAUGUUUUGUUUUAUUCUGUGAUCCUAAGUAGUUCUUUUUAAAGCUUAGAAAUAUUUAUCAAUACUGAUCAGACUUAAAAAAAAAAUUUACUUUGUAAUCCUGCUGACUACCUGUAUGUAUUGUGUGUGUGUGUGUAUAUAUAUAUAUAUAUAUAUAUAUAUUAUAUAUAAAAGAUGAAAAUAUUGGAUCCUUAUAAUAUUUUAAGUUGCUGAAUAUGUUUUAAAAAAGUGAUUGAAUGAGAUGUGUUUGUAUCUAGAAAUUUUCUUUCUUUUUGGAAUGAGAUUAAAAUACAUUUUGAAAAUU